CAAAAAAUCGAACAUGAUUUGGAUUUUUCUUUCAGCCAUGAGAAAAAAGCCGGAGGGUAAAAUUGAUCUCAUACAUAAUUUAGUAAUUUUCAAAAUAACAUAUUACCCAUCAUCUAAUGAUGGGGUAAAAAGGCAUUGAAAGAAUGGGAGGAGUUCUCAGGUCUCAACACCUAAUUUUGGAGUCCCAGAAGUCAGUCUGUAAAGAAGUAGAGGAGAUAGAAUGUCGAUCCCUCGAAUAGCCAUCGGAACACCAGCUGAGGCGACUCGCCCAGAAGCCCUCAAGGCCGCGCUCGCCGAGUUCUUCUCCACCUUCAUCUUUGUCUUCGCCAGCUGCGGCUCCUUCAUCGCCUUCGAGAAGCUGACGGGCGGCUCGGUCGCCACCCCGGAGGGCCUCGUCGCCACGUCCCUAGCGCACGCCUUUUCCCUCUCCGCAGCCGUCUCGGCGGCCUCCAACGUCUCCGGCGGCCACGUGAACCCGGCGGUGACAUUCGGCGCGUUAAUCGGAGGCCACAUCACGCUCCCCCGCGCCGCCCUCUACUGGAUCGGGCAGCUCCUCGGCUCCGCCGCGGCCUGCGCCGUCCUCGACUACUCCACCGGCAGCCUGGACUCGGCGACCUUCGCCCUCGCCGCCGGCGUGAUCGCGAAGCGAGCGCGGGUGCUGGAGGCGGCGCUGACCACCUUUGGUCUAGUGUACACAGUUUACGCCACGUCGGACGCGAAAUGGGGCGGCACUGCGCCUCUCGCGGUAGGGUUGUUGAUGGGCGCGAACAUUCUGGCCGGCAGGGCCUUCGACGGCGCGGCGAUGAACCCGGCUCUGGCAUUCGGGCCGGCGCUUGUGAGGUGGGCGUGGAAGGACCACUGGGUGCGCUGGGAGGGGCCGCUCAUCGGCGGAGGCCUGGCCGGGUUCUUCUACGAGUACUUCUUCACGCCCCACACCUACCAGCCGAUCUCCCCUGCCGAUUACUGAGGUUCUUGUUCCAUUUAUAAACCACCGAAAGCUACUGCUCUUCUGUCUUUAUUAAGUUAAUUAACUCUCACACCGACUCUGCUGAUUUGACAACUUGUUUACCCUCAAAAUGUGGGGAUCUCUUUCUGUCUUUCAUGUGUGUCUACAGAGCAACUGCUCUUGAGAUAGAGAAGACUAGUUAGAAUGCAAUUUGUGUCGAACAUUGACAAUGCUUUUUGGGUCGUCUUUGAACAAGCAGCAUUGUUUCUUUCUUUUAUGGAGAUACGUAUCUCAAAUUCACAAUCUUAGAACGGCUAGAUUCUCUUCAUUUGAAA